AUGUCAAAGCAUUUUGCUAAGGUUACUGGUGGGGUUGUAAAGUUUGUGGGUGGAGGAGAUAAAAUUGUCCCUUUCGCUGUAAAUAAUAAGAUAGCUGUAGAAAGAUUGUUGUUCUUAUACGUGAAAAAGUGUAACGAAGUUGACUGCCUCGUCGGCCGAGUGGUUGCAAUUGCGACUGCUGGGAAAGAAGUCUCAAAGUCAAAGAAAUUCAAGUUCUGUUCGGACGGCGACUGUCCGUUGUGGGCGCUGGCGGCACUGCACGCCCUCUCCAGCGUACCAGCCGCCCUGUUCCGGACUCUGCUACAGCAUGUUAUGGAGGAACAACCUGACGACGGUAUCAUGGAAAUCCUGAAAGACACGAGUUUAUCAUCCCGCGACGAAUGCGCCCGUGCCGCGGCUGUCAUCCGCUGGGUUGUGCAGCAGUCCUGUGCUUGUGCAUGCACGGGUGCACAGCUCACUCGCGACUUGCUCGUGCUGGGUGUACCUCGGACUCAUGCCAGCGCACUAGCCGAUGCAGUGGACAACUACAGGCCGGAGCAUGUGGCGCAUGUUGAGGCUAAUGGUUUCAUGAUAAACAAGCUGACAGAUGUGACAACGACUCCUGGACCUGAAGGGACAGUGGACACCUUUACCCUGACACUGCACAGCAAUGACGUAUUCACAGGAGAACAGCAGAAGAAGGAACUUCUUAUUGAGAAGUCUCAAGCUAUGAAUCUUCUUGAAGAUCUCAAGAAAGCGUAUAAGAAGAUGGAAGAAGUUGAAGAGUAGAAAAGAAAGAUUUUUGGCUGUCUUUGUAAAUUCUUGUUUUUAAGCUAAUUGUAGCUUGAUGGAAUAUUUUUGUCUAAGGGCCC